GGACAACAAAUAGUUUGCUUCUCGAAAAAGUGAAAGAGUUUGCUUAAAACUGAAAGUUAACCAGAAGUGAAGUGGCUUGAAAAACCAGAAAAAAGAUGACCCAGCGAACAAAAUUCAUCAUAAAUACAUCGGUGGAAUACUUCUCCGCCCGCUUGCCGGGCGCCGAACUGGACGAACAGACAGCCAUGAUUUUGGAGUUCCUGGAACAGGAGGAGCAAACUGUUAUAUCGGCAGUGCACAGCAAAUCGGACGGCAAAAUCCGAUUCCACCACCGCAUACCCACUGAGGAGCUCUGCCUGCUCUUCUACAAAGUGCCCCAGGUGGGGCAUCACAAUCGGGAGGACGGAACGGCCUCCGAGCCACUACUUGGCAUUUUAACCCUGGAAGGUGGAAUGGUCAAGUCGAUUUACAAUUCCGUUUCUCGGGUAUUCUCGCCCUCCGCCAAUUCUGCCCGUAGAAACGAAUAUGGACCAGAAUUGAGUAUGAUUCUGGAUAACCUGCAUCAAAACUUGGGUUCCAGCUUAGGCUUGCCUCAGAGCGGAAUCACAAGUUUGCGGGAUGAAAUCAAGUACUGGAAACAGAAACUUGGCCAAAAAUCGAGCUCCCGUUUGGACCGCGAGGCAGCACAGGUAUUCAUUGGAGUCCUGGAGAAUAUCGAAAAUCAAAUAAGCACCAUUGACGGAGCUAGUCCGAGUGGCACCAUUGAGGAGUUCCUCGACCACGCCCACAGCAACCUGGACGAGCUUUGGCGGCUGCCCUACAAUUAUCCACAGCAAAGGAUGACCGACCUUCUAGAUAUCAUUGGGAAGACGCUUCUCGAGGUGUGUCUCACGCAGUUGCUGGCCGAGGACAUUUGGAGCCUGAACUCUAGUCACGUGAACAACCUGAUGAGCCAGAGCAUAGACACGGUGGAUGCCUGGGUCCAGCUUUGCGACUCUCUGACCCGGCUGUUCUGGCCGAACUACCUCAAGCAUCCCUGGCUGGGAGAUCCGCACAUCCCGAAGCGGGGCCAGCUGUUUAAGGAGCGUCUCAGUGAGAUUCGGGGUAUUAAGCAGUUGUAUAAGCAGAUAGCCACUCUGCUAGACGACGACGAGCUUCAAGAGAUGUUCCAGGAGCAGGCUCCAUUUACGGAUUUCAACAUAUUUGACACAUCUUCCCUGGGUCAGUCCAAAUGGCACAAGGCUCUGCAGCACUUUGAGCAGGUCCUGCAGCCAAUUGAUGAAAGAAUCGCCGCCGCUCUUAAGGGCCAGUUGCACCAUCACCUGAGCAAUCCCCGACAGGUGAUCUACAUCUUCUCCAAAUACGAAACCCUCAUCCAACGACCGGCUGUUCUGGAACUGCUCACUAUCGAGCGGGAGCAGUUUCUUCAGUCGCUGCACAUUCUGCUGCAGGACCUGCGCCAGGCCAUGGUGGACUCUAAUAUGGAGCCGGAUACAGGACAUCUGUCGGUCAUUUGCAACGAGUGCCGCUGGCUGAAGGUGGUGCAGCACCAGAUCCAAGAGAUAGAGAAGGUCAGUCACCUGAUCAGUGGCCGGGAGGGCUUUGACAAGAUCAACAAAGCGGUGCAGGAGAUCAAGGAGGAGACGGAGUCCUUACUUCGGACUAAUUUUGAGAUCUGGUCGGGGCAGUGUCUGACGGCGGUGAAAAGCGGAGAGCUAAGACUCCGCGACGACCAGGCGGUGGUGAAGUUCGAAAAAGAAGGCCGCCAGCUAAUGCGCGUCACCUUCAACCCAAAGCUUGUGACCUUUUGCCAAGAUGUUCGCGAGUUUGAGAAUCUGGGUUACAACGUCCCUCUGGAACUGCGAUCCGCGGCCACCCAUGCGGCCAAGUACAUGUGCUACGCACGACGACUGCAGCAAAUCGCCACAUUUCAUAAUACCAUUGGGGACAGGAUGAUUCCCUGCCAGCGGCCGAUCAUGCUCAAGAACGCCCUGGAGCUGCAGCGCCUGGUGCAGAGCGAGACUGUGGCCUGGCAGGACGAGGCUUCCGUCCAGCGAUACGUGGACAUCCUGCAGGCGGCAGUCUCCAAACUUUCCACGGACAACACUCUUUUGGGCGGAUAUCACGAACAGGCCAAGAGAACGGUGGUCAAGCUUAUGUCUACUGAUCUGUUAACACAAAAUCAGAUCUGGAAGGACGAACUGCGUCAUCUCCGCGAACUGGUGGCAACCCUGGAGCGGCAGGGAUACACUCACCUGGAUGCCUUUAAGCUGCACUGGGAUCACCAACUCUACAAGGUCCUGGAGUAUCAGUACAUCUUGGGCCUCCUCGAUAUGAACAAUAAGCUGCCGGACAUACACGUAAAGCUAAUACUGCGACAACGCGAACUCGUCUACAGUCCUCCCGUGGAGGAGAUCCGGGAUCUGUACUUUAGCCAGCUGAGGAAGUUCAUAGAGAGGCCCUGCAACUUCCACGGACUUUCAGAGCACAGCCAGGACCUCUUCAAGUCGAUGGUCACCCUGAAUAGCCACCACUUUGGUCCGCUUUACAGAAGAGCCACGGAGUUGUUCGACAAACUGGAGGACUUCAAAAGCAUUUGGCUGCCCUGGAUCGCUCUGGGCUGCGUGGACGUGGAGCAGCUGUGUGGCAUCCACCUAAACGAAGCCGGGGACUGGGAUCGGAACUUCAAGGGCUGCAAGCACUUUAGCCAGCAGCUGGCCAAGAUCCAGCAGGCCGAGGAGUCCAUCGACUGCAUCGUGAUCAAUGUCCUGCCGCUCCGUUCGGAGAUAGAGCUGAUCAGCCGUCGCUACUGGGAGGCGUUGGCCAGCAGUCUCCGGUCCUCGAUCCUGGCGGACGUCAGUCUGAUCCAGGAGUUCCUGCAGAGCGCACUGCAGUUCCUACAAAACGUUCCUAUGGACGAGGGCAGCAUCAGCCAGUCGGGAAUGAAGUACGAAAAGAUAAUGACCGAGCUGCCGCAGAUCGCCAAGACCCUGGACGCUGUGCGAGAGAAGGACGCUUGCCUGGCAGGAUGGUGCAAGGAAAGGGUGACCGCCCUUUCGGCGAUCCUGCAGCAGUGGGAGCAGCUUCAGCCCCUGCUCGAAAACCACGCCGUGAUCCUCCAGCGGCAGGUGGACAUGAUCAAGAACCAGGCUGAGACCCAGCUUCAGAACCUUAAGAACGAGGCGGAAAAAUUCCUACUCCGCUGGGAAUCGACCAUAGCCGAGCUGGAGGCCAAUGAGAAUGCCGGCCUCGAGGUAUUCAAGGAGCGGCGUCUCCACUGGCAGCAGCUGCAGGAGAAGAAACAAAAGCUCCUGGAGGAGUGCUCCAAGUUCAACAUGGAGUUUCCGUCGGAGAUGCUGCUGCCAUUCACAGAAAUCGAAGAUCAAAUGGAGCGGCAAUCGAAACAAUGGCAGGUCUACGACAGUUUCCUCACCGAGCUGCAGCCCAUCCUCCAGGAGGAGUGGGCCAUCUACCGGAGGCGUCCCUACGUCCUGAACGAGUUCAUAGCCAAGUGGGAGGGCUCCGUCCACGCCUCAAUAGACCUACCAUCCAAGAGGAUCCGCCAGCAGGUGGAGCGGCUGCAAUCCUCCCUUCCGCUCCUCCAGCAGCUCCAAUCGGAUGCCUUAAGUGAGCGCCAUUGGGCCCGGAUUUUCCAACUGUUGAAUCACCAGCAGUCCAAGCCCCUGCACUCCAUUCUCCUGCAGGAUAUUUUGAGGGACAUGGAAGCCCUGCAGUCGUCCGCCUCGGAGAUCGGGAACAUCGUGCGGCAGGCUGCCAGCGAGCAGAUUGUGAGGCAAGCUCUGAUCGAACUGGAUCAGUGGUCGGUGACUGCUCAGCUAAAGCUGAUCACUCGGACGGAUGCCUCCGGGCAGAGUGUGUCCCUCAUCAAGGACUACCAGGAGGUGCUCAACAAGAUCGGGGACAACCAGUCGCUGCUGCAAUCCGCCAAGAACUCGGCUGCCUUCGACAGUUUCUCGGAUCAGGCGGAACUCUGGGAAAGCCGUCUCAAUACUCUGGAUGCUCUUCUUAGCAGCUUGAACCACUCCCAAAGGCGUUGGGUUUACCUGGAGCCUGUGUUCGGUUCUGGAACGCUGCAGCAGGAGCAGGCCCUGUUCAAGCGAAUCGACAAGGACUUUCGGUUCGUGAUGCGCGAAAUAGAGCAGGAUCCGCGCGUCACCUCGCUGACCAAGAUAAACAACAUUGCCACCAUCGUGAACUCCCUGGAGACGCAGCUGGCCAGGUGUCAGCAGAACCUAAUGAGCUACAUAACAGACAAGCGCAACUCCUUCCCGCGUUUCUACUUCCUGGGCGACGACGAUCUGCUGGAGCUGCUGGGCCAGGCGAGCAAGGACGCCGAUGUCAUCCAGCGGCACAUCCGCAAGCUAUUCCCCGGCUGCCACAGUCUGGGCAUCCGGCAGGCGGCGGAUAAUCACUCGGAAGGCCAGUCCUACAGCAUCACGGCGGUUCACAGUGCCGAGGGCGAUGAGCUGAAACUGGGACAGCCUGUGGAGAUGAAAGGCGACAUAGAGCACUGGCUCAAUCAACUGGUGACCGUCGUGCAGGACACUCUCCGGGACCAGAUCCAUGAGUGUUAUACCAACACUACCGGAGGAAGCGACAACCUCAGCGAGAAAAUCCUUGAAAACUAUGCCAGCCAGGUCCUGGCCACGGCCAGAGCUCUUCACUUCACCCGCCAGACAGAGCAGGCAAUCGGGGGCAUGUCCCUGGCCAAGCUGCGACAACAAUUAAAGGACGAAAUCAACCACCUGGCCGCCAUGAAGCAGAGAUCCCAGAGCGGCAGCCUAGUCAGCAUCAAGUUGAGGGCCCUCCUGCUCGACUUGGUGCACUACUCCGGCGUAGUGGAGCAGCUGCAGCAACACAAUGUGGUGCACACAACCGACUGGCACUGGCUGUGUCAACUCAGAUAUUACUUCGGCAAGGGGGCAGGGGACAGGACAUCCGGGGCAGCGGUUAAUGCCAAUCGACAAGUUUGCGUUCGCAUGGUGUACGCCGAAUUUGAAUACGCCUACGAGUUCCUGGGCCAGGCCAGCAAGCUGGUCCACACUAGGUUGACCCACAGGUGCUAUCUCAUCCUCACACAGGCCAUGCACAUGGGCCUUGGGGGUAAUCCCUUCGGCCCAGCCGGCACCGGCAAGACGGAGUGCGUCAAAGCCCUGGGUGCCAUGCUGGGUCGCCUGGUGUUGGUUUUCAAUUGUGACGAGAAUGUAGACACCGAAUCGAUGAGCCUCAUCCUCACCGGGCUGGCCCGCUGCGGGGCCUGGGGCUGCUUCGACGAGUUCAACCGGCUGCAGGAGGCCACCCUCUCAUCCAUCUCCAUGCUAAUCCAGCCCAUUCAGAGCGCCCUCAAGGAGCGGUCCGGCAGUGUCCAGAUUGGCGAGCGACAGGUGCAACUCAACCAUCACUGUGGCAUAUUCGUAACCCUGAAUCCGGCGGGAGCCGAGUAUGGUGGCCGCCAAAAGCUACCUGGAAAUAUUCAGGCCCUUUUCCGGCCCAUCGUGAUGCAGCAACCGGAGCCGGGGGAAAUCGCCCGGGUUAUGCUGUUCGUGGAGGGAUUCGCCGAGGCGUCUGCCAUCGCUUCCCGCAUCGUGGAACUCUUCGAUUUGUGCGGAAAGAUGCUUUCCGCCCAGCGUCAUUACGACUGGGGGCUGCGGGAGCUAAAGACAGUACUCUUAGUGUGCGGAGAGGGGCUGAGAGGACGGCUAGCGGGAGAGGAGGCAUCCGAUUCCGAUGCCAGUGCGGAGAUGUCGGUGGUGGUUCGAUGUCUACGUGCCUCCACCAUGUCCAAGCUGGCUCCCCAGGACGUCUUGCGAUUCGAGAUGCUGCUAAGGAAUGUCUUCCCCGAGAUUGGCAGUGCGUCCGCUCCAGAAACGGCUCUCCAUCAAUCUCUGUCCGCCGCCUUUGGGCAGCUGGGACUCUGUCGGAGCGAGAGUCAAAUGGAAAAGGCGCUGCAACUGCACGAACAGCUCCAGAAGCGGAUGGGCGUGGUUGUGGUGGGGCCGCCAGGGUGCGGCAAGUCCACCGUCAUGGCCCUUCUCAGGCAGGCGCUCAGUGGCCACCAGCAGCUCAGGGUGCACACGAUUAGUCCGAAGUCCAUGAGCCGCGUGCAGCUGCUGGGUCGCCUGGACGCGGACACGCGGCAGUGGCAGGACGGAGUGCUCACCCACACGGCGGUGGUCGUCAACCAGGAGCCCCCGCACAUGCACUCCUGGAUCGUCUGCGACGGCAGCAUCGACCCGGAGUGGAUAGAGGCCCUCAACUCCGUGCUGGACGACAAUAAGCUCUUAACUCUGCCGUCUGGCUGGAGGAUCCAAUUCGGGAAUAAUGUAAACUUCAUCUUUGAAACGGACGAUGUGAGGCACGCCUCUCCUGCCACAAUUUCCCGAAUGGGAAUCGUCAACAUGAGCUACGACUGUUAUCCUGACAAGGAGAUACUUAAACACGAGCUCUCGAAGGAGCCCUAUUACGGGGACUUGCUUCAAAACUACGUAGACGGAAACUUUCAAUAUGCAGUUAAUUGGUUGGAGAGUCAAGGACUAUUGAGUCACCUUCCCGGGAUCAACCGCAUUCACUUCCUUCACUCCCUGCUCCUUCAAGUGCACGGCUCGAAAUCCUUGGAGGAAUACGGAGCAGCCACCCUGAGAGCCCUCUUCGGCUACAUGCCCAACGAUCGCCAGAGGGAGUUUGCCCAACUAUUCCUGAAGCACGCCAAUCUCUACAUCCCGAAUCCCAACCACGCGGAACUGACCCACUACGACAGUCGGAGAAACGCCCUGGAGCAGUAUCCCCUGGACGUACUGGAGACUCCCGAGAAGGGCUCUCAAUUGGUAGUGACAGCCUACGUGAAAUCGUACUUGGAGAUUUUGGAAACCCUGCUGAGUGCCCAGGGGAAUCGCCUGCCACCCUUCAUGCUCAUCGGGCCGAGUGGCGCCGGGAAAACUUUGCUCCUGCAGAGAGCGGUUAUGGAGAACUCUGGCUAUCAGCUGGUCACCAUCAAUUGUUCCACCCAACUGACGCCCAACUAUAUUUUGCACACCCUGAGGACGCACUGCGUCAUCGUAACCGGAAUCAAGGGCCGGGAGUACCGGCCAAAGCAGGCCAGAUUGGUCCUUUUCAUGAAGAACUUGGACCUCUGUCAGCUGGACUCCUGGGGAGCGUGCGAGGUGGUGGAACUCCUACUCCAACUGGUCCAGAGGGCGGGAUUUUAUGCCGAGAAUCUGGAGUGGAUUGGCGUGAAUGGACUGCAAAUCUGUGCCUCCAUUAGCGGGAAUCCGAUGAAAAUAGCACCACGGUACUUUGCCAUCAAUCAGUUCGUGCGUGUGUCGCGGCCCACCAGCCAGGACAUGCUAGAAAUUGUCCAGCGCCGACUGGAACCGCUCCUGGGCGAGCACUUCAGGGCGGUGGGUAGCAGAGGAUCUGCGGGAGGCGGCGGAGUCAAUUUGCAGCAUGCCAGCGAGAGCCUGAUGGAGUGCUUCGAGAAGCUGCAGGCCACUUUCACGGCCACGGGAGAGAGGCAGGCCCACUACCAGUUCAGUCCAAAGUGCAUCAUGAAGCUGCUGCACGACCUCGUUUUCUAUCCCCCCUCCGAUUUCAACGAGGCUCUUCACUGCGAAUUGUUGGGGAUGUUCAAGGAUAGACUGAUAAGCGAGGAGCACGUCCAGCAAUUCGAGGCGAUUCUCAAGCAGACAAUGCGAAAAUAUUACGGAAAAGAGAAAGUAUUUUUCGUGCCCAAGUCGCCCAAAUCCCGGGGUCAACUGCGGUGUCUGAGCCACGAUGAAUGGCUGGAGGAAGUUCAACGACAGGUCACAAUAUGCAACACCGAAAGCUACAGCAUUACAGCGCCUAUCACUGAAGAGCUGCUGAACCACAUUGCCAAGAUAACUCGAGUCCUUUCCCGCAAUGAUGCCCACAUGCUCAUCCUGGACGAGUCUGGAGGACGUCACUUGGAAGCCAUCUACGCAGCGGCCACCAUGCAAGAGGCCAAGGUGAUAACCCUUCAGGGAGGACCUUCGUACGACCUGUCCGAGUUCUACAACGACCUGAAGAUGGCCAUGCAGACAGCUGCUCUGGAGCAGCAGAUGAGCUACUUGCUCAUCGAACACAGCUGGAUAGGCUAUGUUCCGGACAUCCUGAAGCCGAUCGAAGCCCUUCUGGAGGGAAGCGAGAUUUUGGAACUUUUUGGCGACGAUCUGGAGGCUGUUGCUAGUACUCUGAAGCAGGCAGCUCAGCUGGAGGGCUACCAGGAGUCCUUGGGCGCCUAUUUCAUGAAGCGAGCCCGUGAGAACCUACAUAUCGUCUUGGUGCUGGACCCGAGUAGCCCCAAAGUCCAGGACUACUUCGAAACCUAUCCUGCCCUGCACCGCCAGAUGGAUCUCUUGUACGUGAGAAGGGAGUCUCGGGAGACCCUCGCCAUGCUGCCCAAGCAAUUCAUCGAGCUGCUCAAUGAGACACUGUCCGGUAGUGGAAGUGGCCGCGGCAAGGUGCCCGUUUGCAGGCACUUUGCCGACAUGUCGGAGGAACUGCCCCCGGAACAGCCCUCGCACAGGUACUACCAGCUGAUUCAAACCUAUUUCCACAUGUACAGCAAUGCGGCCAACGAGAUCGACCAACGUCUGGGCAAACUCCAGAUGGGCGUGGACAAGUUGGCCGCGGCUCAUGAUCUGGUGGACACCUUGAAGUCCAAUGCCGCCGCCCAGGAACAGGCUCUGGGCGAGAAGAGGCAGCUGGCCAACGACGCCCUCGAAAUGAUCUCGGCCACCAUGCGAAACGCCAACGAGCAGAAGUCCAGCAUGCUGGAGCUAAAGCAGCAGACCCAGAGCAGCAGCGAACAGCUGAAGCAGCGCCAGAAGGAAAUCCAGCAGGAACUGGCAGAGGUGGAACCGAUUCUGGCGGAAGCCAGCAACGCUGUGGGCCAGAUCAAAUCGGAGGCCCUGUCCGAAAUCCGAUCCCUCAGAGCUCCACCCGAGGCGGUGCGGGACAUCUUGGAGGGUGUCCUGCGCCUUAUGGGCAUUCGGGACACGUCCUGGAACAGCAUGAAGACUUUCCUGGCCAAGAGGGGAGUCAAGGAGGACAUACGGUCCCUGGACCCAGCCCGCAUCAGUCCAGAAAACUGCGAGGCAGUGGAGAGGUUGCUUCUGGCCAAAGGAGACUCCUACGAGUCGAAGAACGCUAAGAGGGCUUCGGCAGCCGCUGCUCCCCUGGCGGCUUGGGUGCAGGCCAGUGUCCGGUUCUCCCGGGUGAUCCAGAGCAUAAAGCCCCUAGAGCGGGAGCAGAAUGAGCUGCAAAGGAAUCUCAAUGCUGCCGAGGACGAGAUGGAGCAGCUGGCCAGUGGCCUGGACGACGUGGACAAGCGAGUAAAGCAGCUGUCCGCCAAACUGCAGACCUACACUCAGGAGGCGGCAGUCCUGGAGCUGAAGCUCCAAGAGGCCAGCGGCAAUCUGCAGGCAGCAGAGCUGUUGGUGGGAAAGCUGAGCGCGGAAUACGCCACUUGGAGCGAUCAGCUGGCGGAGCUGAAGAAGGCCCACAAAACCCUGGAUGCAAAGACACUGCUGAUCGCCCUCGCUGUCAAUUACUUCGCCGGAUUGGGGCUGGAACAAAGAAGCUCCUCCCUCAAGCGCCUGGCUGCGGACUUUCACCUUCCAUCCGACUUCGACCUGCGGGGCUCCUUGCUCACGGAGCAGCAGCAGAUCAUCUGGGAAAGCCAGGGAUUGGCUCGCGAUGCCCAGAUCAUCGAGAGCGCGGCUCUCCUCAGGGAGAUGCUCACUCUGCCGUACGGAUCCUGCCCAAUCCCCUUGCUCCUGGAUCCCACACAGACAGCAGGCGAAUGGCUGAUGGCAUACUUGAAAGGAAUCGGCAGACCCUGCGAGCUUACGACCCACGGAAACGAGAGGCUGUCCUAUCAACUGGAGCUGGCAGUACGUUUCGGCAAGACCCUUCUGGUCGCUGAUUGUGAGCAGUUGCGUCCGCCGAUCCUGCAACUCUUGCAGGGCCACAUUUUCGUGAGGUUCAACAAGAAGCAGUUGGCGAUCGGCUCCAAGCUGGUGGAUCUACACGAGAGUUUCCAGCUGGUCUUGAUAAGCAAGUCCCACCGCCUGGAUUUGCCGGAAGAGCAACUGAGCCAGUUGAGUCUGCUAAGAUUUACGGUGACCGCCGCCGGGCUGGCCGACCAGCUGAUGUCCAAGGCAAUAGUCUUGAAAAAUGCAGAGCUGGAGCAGCAAAGAAUUCAACUGCUCCAGAAGGAGGGGGAUCUGCUGAAGCAGCGGACGGAGAUGCAAGACAAGCUCCUGGAGCAACUGUCGAAGUCAGAGGGAGACAUCCUGCGCAAUGACCAACUCCUGGCCAGUCUGAAUGAGGUCAAGCAAAGUAGCGCCCUGAUAGAGGAGGCCCUCAAACAGAGCAGCAAAAUAAAGGACACUCUGCUUUCCCAAUUCGGCUCCUUGAAGGAGCUGUGCACCAAAGCAUCCGCAUUUUAUGCUGGGCUCAUCAAAGGAUACGAUUUGUCGGCUCUAGUUUUCAUAGAACUAUUCCUGGGAGCUCUUUCGAAAAGCCAGCGCGAGGAAUCUAAGGUGUAUGAACUCUUGGUGAGGAGUGUCUACCUUAACCUGGCCAGAGCCACGUCCAGGGAGAGCCAACUUUCCCUUUCCCUUUGGGUCUGCCACCAGGCGUAUCCGGAGAAAUUGAGCGCCAGGGAGUGGGACUUGUUCGUGAACAAUUUCAUGGGCAGCUCGGAUGGUAGCAUGCUUUUGAACCAAAUGGGAAAGCUGCCUGACUGCAUGACCAAAGACGCCCAAUUGAAACUGGCCAUGUUGCUGCAGUUCUUCCCGGAUCUACGAGGCAAACUCCAGCUGGACAAGGAUUACAUCUGGCGAGGAUUCAUCGAGGCCCAAGCGGAUGAUGUGCUGCCUCCUUUGGGUCCAAGUUUCCAGCGAGUGCUGAUUGCCCAGAUUUUCAGGCCCGACUUGAUGCUGCAGCAACUGCGGAAGGUGAGUAGCGAUCUUCUCGGCGUUUCCCCCGAGGCCUCUACCCAACCAUCGGUGGAGCAGUUGCUGCAGCAGAGCAGCUGCGACCGCCCCAUCCUCAUGAUAAGUCAGGCCGAGACCGAUCCCACCACGGAACUCAGGAAGUGGGCCAAUCAGAAGUACAGGGAAAUGGCCAUCGGCAAGGGCUCAGAGAAAAGAGUGCUCUCCGAGAUGCGACAGGCUGCCGUGGAAGGGCACUGGUUGUGCGUGAAGAACGUCCACCUGGUGCCAGAGUUCCUAACUCAGAUGAUGAGGGAGCUGUCCGAGAUGAAAAAGUCAAAGGAGUUCCGGUUGUGGUUGCUGUGCGAGACCACGCAAGGGUUUUCCGAGUCGGCCGUCUUCAAAUGCCUCAAGGUGCGCUACGAGCAACCGAAGGGCCUCAAGCAGAUUGUCCUGCGGCUCUUGCAGAACUAUGCCGCCGAACAGGAUCCGAACAUGAAGAACCAACCGAAGAACCUCAAGAUGCGACUGGUGUUCUUCAUCCUUACGGCGGUUCUCCAGCAAAGGCGGCAGUUUAUACCACAGGGCUGGUCCAAGUACUACGAGUUCGGGGAGGCGGACCUCAAGGCUGCCCUGGGCAUCCUCAAAUGGAUGGAUCAGCAGCUCAACUCCAGCAAGUGCGACUGGCUGCUUAUGCAGCGUCUGAGCGAAGCUCUGGCCUACGGAGGAAGGAUCAACAACCACAGGGACUUGGAGAUUCUCGGCAGCUACCUGAAUCAGUUCUGCUCCGCUGACGUCCUGAGCAGCCGGUGGUCCCCGCUGGGAUUACCCCUCUCCAUACCCACCAGCCACCAAAUACAGGACUACUACGCGGCCCUGGAGAAGCUUCCCGCUCUGGACGAGCCCAGCAUGUACGGCCUGGCCAGCCAAGCGCAGCAGCAGCGGGAGAUCGAGCAGGCCAAGCGGGUGAUCAAGGAGCUGAGGAGCCUGCACUACGGCAGGGGUUCGGAACUGGGUCCUGGAGAGGCCAAAGAAGGUGUCAUGGACAACCUCAAGGAUCGUCAGAAACUGGAACACCAAAUCAAGCCUUUGCUGAACCUUUGGCGGAAGCUGGCGGGAUCGUGCACGAUCUUGCAGACCCUCAAGGAGGCCACGUCUGAUCCUGGCGAAUCUCCCUGGGCCCUGUUUGUCCUGGCGGAACUGAAAUUGGGGGGCGACUUGUACCGCACUGUCCACCAGACCCUGUCCCAGAUGCACGCCUGGUUGAAGGACGCCCAGGAAGUGGACGCCACUACUCUCAGAGCCUUGGCGGAGCAGCAGAUUCCUGCCAGCUGGCUGAAGCUUUGGUGCGGUCCUGGCAGCUCCGGUGCCGUGGACUUUUUGAAAGCCCUCAUAGUCCGUGCCCAGGCUGCCGAGCAGAGAUUUCGGGAGCAACUGCAUCUUGAAUUCGGCGAGGAGGCUAACCUGUCCCAGGUCUUCAACUGCGAGAAUCUGUUUGCCUGCCUGAAGCUGCUCCAGUCUCGAAAGCUAAAGGUUUCCUCCGAACGUCUGGAACUGAGAACUUUGCUGAACAGAGAGGACAAUGGAUCUGUGAUCCUGAAACUGGCACCACUCAAGAUUGAUGGCGCUAAGAGUGGACAGGAAAAAUCGAACCCUUUCUACAUUACAUACAAAACAAAAGAGGAAAAAAGGCAGGCUGCUUCUACGGCCUCGAAGUUUGGAAAAAAUAACUUGUAUCCUUCAGAGAAAAACGAAUCGAAUCCGAAACUGCCAUUGUAUUCCCGAAGCAGCAGGGAUAAGCUAAUAUGCUAUCUCAAUGUGGAUAAUGUUUCGGGGACAUCGGAACAAAUCCUGCUGGCAGGAACAGCUUUGAUCGUCGAGGAUUACUAAUCUUAAAUCUAAUAACUAUUAUAUUGCAUAAAUAUUAUAAAUAUUCUAAACAAAUAAACAUUUUUGGGAUAGCUUUGG